UCCAUCACUGUUGGAUAUUUGACUGAUGGAGGGGCCCAGGAGGCCCAGUUUUCUUGUCCAGUAUCUGUGUCUGGGAGAGAAUGUGACCUUCCGAGUGGGAAGCAGCUCAAAUGUGGACCCAGUUUUCCAUCCCAGUCACUUUGUCUUGCCAUGGGGUGCUGCUUCAGCAAGACUUCACGUGCUUGUUACUAUCCCAUGGACGAAUGCACGCUGGACCGGCAUUUUGUUUUCUCGGUGCCCGCCACACUGACUGACCCCCCGCUCGUAACAGCUCUGCUUGUUACUGCUUCUAACUUCACUUGUACGCCAGAAGUAGUGACAUCCGAGUACGCCAUGUUUAAGAUCCCCAUGGACGGUUGUGGCGUACGCAGAGUGGUUGUGGGGAAAACGAUGAUCUACUUGCUGGAGGUCAUCAACAAAGUUAAUGCAAUCAGUCUCAACUAUGGCGCCAUCACGAGAGACUCUCCUGUCAGGUUGCUGGUUGAAUGCCGAUAUGUACCCGGCAGUGCACUGACUGUGAGUUACUUGGUCAAAACUCCUUCCCUGGGUCCUGCAGUUCAAACCCAAGGCAUGUUUGGAGUCCAGCUCCGGAUUGCCAAAGAUGCCGAGUACAGCAGCUACCACCCUCAGUACCACCAGCCCUUGCAAAUGCUUUUGGGGAAGCCCCUUUAUUUGGAGCUGCGACUGCUCAACGCUCCAGAUCCCAGUCUGGUCCUUCUGGUGCACUACUGUGUGGCGUACCCUCGCUCUGGAAAAGCGGUGUGGGUGCUGCUGUACAACGGAUGUCCCAACCCCUUAGACCCUGCAGCCCAGCAGUCGGUGCUCCUGGACCCCCGCCCACCUCCUCCACACUCUCAAAUCCGACGCUUCACCGUGACCACCUUUCAGUUCCUACCUGAUCGGGAGUUUAAGGAUCCAGAGGAGGAGAUCUACUUCAUGUGCUCCACGGAAAUCUGCUCGCCCAGCGAUGGCCCCUGCGUGGAAGGAUGUUUUGGUCGGUGACGUUACACUGGGGAGGCAUGAGGACGGUGGAAAUGACGAUCCAGUGGGUAACAAUGAAAACCUCCUAAAAAGUGUUCCUCACACCACCGACUUUCUUCUCAUCUCAGGACUGGAGAACGAAAUUAUUUUUACA